CUUGACUGAUAUUCUAUAACUUGGAUCCGAUUGACAGGCGGCAACGUUUCUCAAGUCAAACCUCGCUCAAUAGUUACGUUUAUAGAUAAAUUGGGUAUUAGUUUCUCUUUUUUUUCAUUUUCACCAGAGGAAGCAGCGGGUUGAACUGUUUCAAACCGGUUAACACUGGUGUUGCGUUCGCGGUCAGCGUGUUGUUGUUGUUAUUGGAGGUCAGCGUUUCUCAGGCGUAGACAACCAGACAUCCAGAUGCUUUCCCCGGGCAGGACCCUCUCAUCCCGGCUGCUGAUGAUCUCAAGGCUCCCUCUCUGGCUGGGCUCGGAUGGAAGAGCUGCCAGCUCUCUGCCUAAAGGGUUGAUAAAAAGGCAUGAACUGGAGAUAGAUGAGCUCCGCCCCCUUUACAUGGACUUCCAGGCCACCACACCCAUGGACCCCCGGGUGCUGGACGCCAUGUUGCCCUACCAAGUGAAUUACUACGGCAACCCUCACUCCAAAACACACGCCUUCGGCUGGGAGAGCGAGAGCGCCAUGGAGACGGCCCGGAAGCAGGUGGCUGAUCUGAUUGGAGCGGAUCCCAGAGAGAUCAUCUUCACCAGCGGAGCCACCGAGUCCAACAACAUGGCCAUCAAGGGCGUGGCCCGGUUCUACAAGACCAAGAAGCGUCACGUGAUCACCACGCAGACGGAGCACAAAUGUGUGCUGGACUCGUGUCGAGUUCUGGAGUCCGAGGGGUUCAGCAUCACAUACCUGCCGGUCCAGGCCAACGGAAUAGUGGACCUGGAGCUGUUGGAGGCCUCCAUCCGUCCUGACACCUCUCUGCUGUCGGUGAUGACCAUCAACAAUGAGAUCGGAGUCAAGCAACCCAUAAAGGAGAUUGGUCAGAUUUGUCGCUCUAAAGGAGUCUUCCUCCACACUGACGCCGCUCAGGCGGUCGGGAAGAUUCCCGUCAGCGUCACGGACAUGAAGGUCGAUCUAAUGUCCAUCAGCGGCCACAAGAUCUACGGACCCAAAGGUGUGGGUGCUUUGUACGUGCGUCGCCGGCCUCGUGUGCGCUUGGAGCCGCUGCAGAGCGGCGGCGGGCAGGAGAGGGGGCUGCGCUCCGGCACCGUCCCCACCCCACUGGCCGUCGGGCUGGGAGCCGCCUGCAGCAUCGCACAGCAGGAGAUGGAGUAUGAUCAUCAGAGAGUUUCCAUGCUGGCUAAUCGUCUGGUCCAAAAGAUCACGUCGGAGCUUCCUGACGUGAUCAUGAACGGGGAUGCGGAACAACGCUACGCCGGAUGUGUGAACCUGUCUUUUGCUUAUGUGGAGGGAGAGAGUCUGUUGAUGGCGCUGAAGGAUGUCGCCCUCUCAUCUGGGAGCGCGUGCACGUCGGCCUCCCUGGAGCCGUCUUACGUCCUCAGAGCGAUCGGGACGGAUGAAGACCUGGCUCACUCGUCCAUCAGGUUUGGUAUCGGCAGGUUCACCACAGAAGCAGAGGUGGACUACACAGCAGAGAAAUGUAUCACGCAGGUCAGCCGGCUCAGAGAGAUGAGUCCUCUGUGGGAGAUGGUUCAAGAAGGCAUCGAUCUGAAGAGCAUCAAGUGGACACAGCACUAGGCUCCUCCCACUUCCUGUUUACCUCCUGGCUGACGGCGAUGACAAGGAUAGAUCCCCAGGGAACUCUGGGAAUGUACUAGCUUUACCUUCCUGUACACAAACACGCACAAACUUCCUGCCCGACUUGAAGUCUGUUUGUAAACUGCCUCUCCUCGUUGCUCUGUCAGCACCUUGUUGAUCGGAGGUCGCUCCGUGACCCCGUGGACGUGGAUCACACUGUGAAUAUGUCUUUAUUUGGGUCAGCUUCUCUGAACAUGGCCUUGUGAAAUAGGAUCACAAAAAGCAUCGUUGUCAGAUCCUGUAGGAAUGACAACUCAAUUUCCCCAGUGAUUGAUUGGGCCAUGCUGGACUGUUAUUGAUGAGUUUGAACAUUUACACCCCGUUGAGCUGACCCGAUUAACAGUGAGCGAGCAUCACGACAUUACUGAGCUAACAUUUAAUGGCUUUAUGGUCAGAAUGCCUCAUCUACACAAAUUAUUUUACUCACCACUCUCCCAGUCUUGCUUCCUGUUUUCACAUCACAUUUCAGUAUUCAGUCCUGAAGUCAGUUUAUCAGCAGAGUUCAGUGUUGGCAGCAGCAGUAGUUUCAUUAUCCUUUUAAAGUCUGGAACGCACAACGUGGUUUGACCACAUCCGCUGAUUUUCAGGGGGAAAAACGGAUGAGGUCCGGUCUCGGGUUCUAACUGACACCCAAGUGUGACUGAGGUUGUUGGGGAGAAUCUGAAGGUGAUGGUUGAAGUUUGACCACCAAUGAUCUGAAAUAUUUUUUCUAAUUUGGUGUUUUCAGUCUGAUAUGAUUUUCAAAUCAUUGUGUUUCUUCAAUGUUCCAUCACAUUUACUAAAAUCUGUUUCCUGAUAUGUAAUUUUAUCCAAUAAAGUGCUGCUUCCUUGUUAUGCAAUGAA